ACCAAAGAAGAGGAAGAAGGCGGUAUCCGUGUCUUGUGAUGAUGUAAGCACCGUGCGCCCGGGCAGCCUGAGGCUCGGAGUUGCUUGUGUUCGGCAGAUAGAGAUGGCGGCACCUACAGAGUAUUACCGUGGCGAUGGCGAGGGAUUUACUGCUUGUCUGCGAACGGUGAAGUCUUGGUGGUGGGUCGUUGUGCUCCUGUUCUCCGUGCCCUCCCUGCCCACGGUCACUGCGCUGGUGGAGGGCUUAUACUGCGGCACUGAGGUCUGCUACGACGUGCUCGGCGUCACUCGGGAGGCGGCCAAGGCAGAGAUCGCCCGUGCUUACCGGCAGCUUGCGCGCCGGUACCACCCGGACGUGUUCAGGCCGACAGAACCCGGCUCGGAGGGAGAGACCCACGAGUCCGCCCAGAGGAAAUUCCUGCUCAUUGCCACCGCGUACGAGACGUUAAAGGAUGAGGACACUCGGCGGGACUACGACUACAUGCUGGACCAUCCUGAAGAGUACUACCAGCACUACUAUGCCUACUACCGCCGACAACUCACACCAAAAGUGGAUGUCAGGGUCGUUAUCCUGGUCACCAUCUGCGCCAUCUCUAUCUUCCAGUUCUACAGCUGGCACAGCAGCUACAAUGAGGCCAUCAGCUACCUGGUGACAGUUCCCAAGUACAGAAUCCAGGCGACGGAAAUCGCCAAGCAGCAGGGCCUUCUCAACCGCACCAAGGAGAAGGGCAAGAACCGCCGCUCAAAAGAGGAAAUCCGGGAGCAGGAGGAGGAGGUGAUUCGUGACAUUAUCAAAAACAAGAUCGACAUAAAAGGAGGUUACCAGAAGCCCAACCUUUCAGACAUCCUGCUGUGUCAGAUUGUGCUCUUCCCCUACUACCUGACACACUAUCUGGUGUGGUACGUCUCUUGGUUUUACCGAUUCACCAUCUGCAGGGAAGAGUACAGAGACAAGGACAAGCUCUACAUCAUCAGGAGGUACAUGAGAAUGUCUCAGUCUCAGUUUGACAGUCUGGAUGAAAACACUACACAGACCUUCCUGCAUAAACGGCUCUGGAUCAAAGAAAACUAUGAGGUGUACAGAAAGGAGCAGGAGGAGGAAAUGAAGGUAAAGAUGGCAACUGACCCCAGGAUGAAGAGGUACCGCCGCUGGAUGAGGAACGAGGGACCAGGCCGACUGACAUUCAUUGACGACUGAGAGCAACAAGCUCCAUCUGUAACAUGCACUUUUUCCUCAGUGCAGCAUACAUGGACAACACAAGCUAUGCUGUGUGGAGAAAUACCUGUACAGGAAGAUUAACUGUGCCUGUUUAUAUAGUGAGAGAUAUUUUCAUUGCUCAUGACUCAUGAAUGGGAUUACUGUGGAAGUGGAAUACACUGCGAGCUUGGGCUUUAGAUUUCUGAGUAACUUUUUACAUCGUGCAUAAUUUUUUUUCAAACCAAAUGGAGACGUCAAUUUGAAAUAAUUUUACUGAUGACUUUUUCUGUGUUUCUCUGGUUAUGUUUUCUUCUGCUGGUUAAUAACAGAUAAAAGAAUGACUUUUGGUGUAUGAGUUUUUCUGUAAUGAUUUUCUCAUAGAAAAUUGACAUCAAGUCCAAGGUGAUUAACAUACCCUAAUAACUAGAGGGGUAGUUUAACCCUGCAGCAGUCUCCUAAGGUAAGGCAUCUGUUCACACUAUGUCUGUUACUGUUUGGAUGAAACUUAUACUCCCAAUUAUUAGCAAUGAUGAGGAAGCAACAAAAAAUGUGAUCAAAGUUAAAUUUGAGCAAAAUAAAGGUCAGCAGGAUAGCCUCAACAAACCACCUCACAAUUUGAGAACCUCUACUUUAGGGCAGUUUUCCAUUAAUAUUUCUAUACAAUUUUAAUAAACCAGGGCAGAGAGUAUUUUAUAUAUUAUAUUUUAUCGUCUUUUAUUUUAAAAGAUUAGAACAGAAUAGGUUAGAUUUUUUUCUUUCAUCAGAUGAAAUGAUGGAUAUCAAUUUGAACCUGUUUAGCCUAGCUUAGCACAAUGACCGCUAGCAAUGGGACAGUUAGCCUAGCACUGCCUUUGUCAUAAGUCAAAAAAUAAAAUCCAGAGCUGUCUAA